ACCGCUGGUGGAGGGCACUCAGUAAUACAGCUCAAGCUACGGCGUCUCGGUUUGGACAAAAAGUGUCGUUUCCAGUCCAUCAAUGACGAUGGGUGACACGAUUUUUGAAGAAUUAGAAGAUUUGAUGCAUUUUUCUGUCGCCGAUUUGCCCGCUCGUGGAUAUGCAGUGAUGGAGGAGAUCCGACGACAAGGGAAACUGUGUGACGUUACCCUAAAAGUAGGAGAGCACAAAUUCAGUGCUCACAGAAUAGUCCUUGCUGCUUCUAUUCCAUACUUUCAUGCCAUGUUCACCAACGACAUGGUGGAGUGCAAACAGGAUGAGAUCGUCAUGCAGGGCAUGGACCCCAGUGCACUUGAAGCCCUAAUAAACUUUGCCUACAAUGGACACAUAGCCAUAGACCAACAAAACGUUCAAGCCCUCCUGAUAGGGGCCAGCUUCCUGCAGCUUCAAAAUGUCAAAGAUGCCUGCUGCUCUUUUUUACAACAGAGGUUGCAUCCAAAGAAUUGCCUUGGUGUACGGCAAUUUGCCGAGACUAUGAUGUGCACCACGCUUUAUGAUGCAGCCAACAGCUUCGUUCACCAGCACUUUGUGGAGGUAUCCAUGUCUGAGGAGUUCCUGGCCCUUCGGCCGGAGGAGGUGCUUGAGCUUGUGGGGUGUGAUGAGCUCAAUGUCCAAGCAGAGGAGCAGGUGUUUGAGGCCGUGCUUGCUUGGGUACGGCAUUCACGUGAAGAUCGGGAGUCACGAUUACCAGAGUUAAUGUCUAAAACCCGACUGCCUCUAUGUCGACCUCAGUUCCUUGCUGACCGAGUUCAACAAGAUGAGCUUGUACGCUGCUGCCACAAAUGCAGGGACCUGGUCGAUGAGGCGAAAGAUUACCACCUGAUGCCGGAGCGACGACCGCACCUCCCUGCCUACAAGACCCGACAGAGGUGUUGCACAUCCAUCGCGGGCUUAGUCUAUGCGGUUGGGGGGCUCAAUAGUGCUGGUGACUCAUUAAAUGUCGUGGAAGUAUUUGAUCCAAUUGGAAACUGUUGGGAGCGAUGCCAGCCUAUGAGUACAGCCCGCAGUCGAGUGGGGGUCGCUGUCGUGAACGGGCUGCUUUAUGCCAUUGGUGGUUACGACGGUCAAUCGCGGCUUAGAACCGUGGAAGUUUACAAUCCAGAAACUGACACGUGGACCAAAGUUGCUAGCAUGAAUACUCAACGCAGUGCAAUGGGAACAGUUGUAGUUGAUGGACAUAUAUAUGUGUGUGGUGGAUAUGAUGGCAAAUCCUCUCUAAAUUCAGUUGAGUGCUAUUCUCCAGAGACUGACAGAUGGACGAUAGUUACAGAAAUGAGUGCAAGCCGCAGUGCUGCUGGUGUUACUGUAUUUGAAGGCAGAAUAUAUGUUUCGGGUGGUCAUGAUGGUCUACAAAUCUUUAACACGGUGGAGUACUACAACCAUCAUACUGCAUUAUGGCACCCUGUCGCACCCAUGAUAAACAAGCGCUGCCGGCACGGCGCUGCAGCCUUGGGCAGUAAUCUGUAUGUAGCAGGAGGCUACGACGGCUCUGCGUUUCUUAGUGGAGCGGAGGUGUACAGCUCCGUAGCAGAUCAGUGGAGCCACCUAGUGACCAUGAACACUCGACGCAGCCGCAUUUCUCUAGUGGCCAAUUGUGGUCGACUCUAUGCAGUGGGAGGCUAUGAUGGACAGUCCAACCUCAGCUCUAUGGAAAUGUAUGAUCCAGAAACUAACCGAUGGAUGUUUAUGGCACCGAUGGUUUGCCACGAAGGCGGGGUAGGGGUGGGCUGUAUACCCUUACAGCCCGCUUAACACCACAGUCUCCCUCAGCUCAUAAGGACGUUUUAAUAAUUUAAAAAAACAGGCGUUUGUAUCAGAGGUACUAUUAUUUAGGCUUUUUUUGGAGUAAAGCCUAAAGCAGAUAUGCCAGUACACCUUUAAUGGUGACGUAAUCCUGUUUUGUUUUUUUCACAACCAAAUGUAAAGCGAAGAGAUUUCCAGGAAAUGGGUCGCACUUCUGCUAAAAAGCACACUGGUGCACUGUGGGCCCAUUAAAGCGUCAGUUGUUGGGGAAUAUCAUAAUACAUACAUAGAAAUUUGUAAUUUUAUUCCUCUAAACUGGAAGCCAAUUUAGAUUUUUAGACAGGUGAAAGUUAACCACUGUUAACCCAUGCCAUAAUUGGGAGAGUAUAAUCAAGAAGGUAUGAUUAAUAAGGAUAAACUUGUUUUUAAUGAUGUUUUAUCAAGAUUUUUUCUUAUUUAGAAGUACUAACCGUAUUUUAUUUGGGAUAUUAAUGGAAAUUUAAUGUGAGCAACUGACCUCUUAUGUGUCUGUGCAAAACAUCUGCUAGAUGUGCCAUGACUUUACAUUUCACAUGGGACUGUUUUUUUGAUUUUACCGCUUUAUUGACUUGAAUUCUCUCAAAUUUGAAUCUAGGCGAUGACCGAUCACCAGCUUUGUAUCCUGGAUGGAUAGGUUGUUGCGUAA